AUGAGGCUCUUUCAGGCGCUUUGUAGGCGCUCUAGGAUGCCCAAUGGGGACAUUUGGCGCGGCAAAAACCGCCUGGGUAUACCGGUGACCAUUCGCGACGUGCAGAAGCUGCGAAACGACUUGGAAAUCGAAGAAAAGAAUAUGUUUCUAUUGAGGCAUUCAUACUUAACCCCUGAACAGUCAUCUGGACACGGUCGCGCCCUUGGAAAGAACGAAGCGAACUACAUAAAGACAAUAGUUGCGAAAAAAAAGGACUUCAAGGAAAAUAUUACUAUUGAGGAGGUUUUGGGGCACUUAAGGCACAAAGAAGCGUGGGACUAGUGUGGUAACACAAUUCUAUUGUGAUAGAUAAAGUAAUUAUAAAAAUAAUUGUAAAUGCAUAUCUACAGUUAAUACCAAAAAUAAAAUACUAUGAGGCUUUAACUUAA